GAUAUUUUAAAUUUAACGACACAGUAUACACUCAGCUAAAAGGAUUGCCGAUGGGGUCACCAACCUCCCCAGUGAUAGCUGAUAUAGUCAUGGAAGAAUUAUUAGAAAACACAGUUAAAAAGUUAGCACGUCCACCUAGAUUACUAACAAAAUACGUUGAUGAUCUAUUUGCAAUAAUACGUGAAGAUGAAGUACAAAGCACACUUGACAAACUAAAUUCCUUCAAUAAAAAUAUAAAAUUCACAAUAGAACUUGAGGACGACGGAAAAUUGCCUUAUUUGGACUCUAUGAUUAUUAGAAGAGGAAAUGAACUGAAACUAACGUGGUAUAAGAAACCCACAUCAAGCGGACGAAUCAUCAGUUUUAACUCAAAGCAUCCAAAGACGAUGAUUAUAAAUACAGCAAUGGGCUGUAUACGGCGAAUGUUACGGAUAACAGAUGACACUUACCACACAGAGAUUAAGAAUGAAAUUAAAAUAUUAUUAAAAAACAAUGAUUUUCCCGACAAUAUUAUAAAAACCCUGUUAAGAAGAUAUGCAAUUGAAAAUAAUCACGAUAAAUUAGAAACCACAAAAAUAUUCAAGUCAGUAGCUUAUGUACCAAAAUUAUCAGAGCGUUUGGUAAAGUCAGAUUGCUACAACACAGAAGAUAUAAAAAUAGCCCAUAAACCAACCAAUACGCUAAAAUAUAUGUUUAAUAAAACAAAAACAAAAAUACCGCCGUUGGAAAAAAGUAAUGUAGUUUACCAAAUCCCUUGCAAUGGAAAAGAAAAUGAACCAUGUGAUAGCAUAUAUGUGGGAACAACAAAAGGAAAAUUAAAAUCACGACUAUCACAGCAUAAAUCAGACUACAAAUAUUGCCAUCAAAAUAAUAACCAAAAAACAGCACUCAUGGCCCACUGUACCAAAAACUCACAUACACCGAACUUCGACAGAGCGAUCGUGCUCCAACAAGAACAGCAUUAUAGCAAGAGAUUCACUUUGGAAAUGCUGCACAUUAUAAAUACACCAACAAACAACCGAAUGAACUAUAAAAGCGACGUCGAUGCUAACUCGGCACACUUGUACCGACAUUUGUUGACAAACAGAAAACCAGUGUAAAACACCACGUCAACUGAUGCGGACGCUCAAAUAAAUUUGAAAAUCCUGAUGACGAUUACCGUGUGUAAUCGAAAUAUAUUGAUUAACAUCACAAAACUUGUUUCUUCAAAUUGAUAUAUUAUAAUCUGACACCUUCUCCGAUGAGCAAAUAAGAUAUAUAAAGCACAAAUUUUCACAACUAAAAUCACAGUUUAUACAAAGGUGGAUAAAAGCCCGUGGAAAAGAAGAUUUUUAAAAGUAACGUAACAUGGCUACAAGGAACAUUUUCAAUUCCCAAAGGUAUGCCACAGCCGCGAUCUGGUCGUUCUGAACAGGUCACUCCUAAGCUCUGAUCCACUCAAAGCCAAAAAAGGCAACCAAACCCUUUUCAAAGGAAGAAAUCGAUAUGUUGCUUCCAGCUUAACCAACUAAGGAUGACACGAAGUCUGGAGAGUCUUCAGAAGAGGAAGAAGGGUCCGAUGAAGAAUCUUGGCACUCAUCAUCAUCCUAAAACAGUUGUUUACCCAAAUUUGGUUUUAGAAUUCAAUUACACAUUUAUUAUCCAUUGCAUUACAUGGUAAAAUCGGUUAUUUCCAUCUUUUUUUUUUUUGUAACUUAUAUCUCAAGGAAGUCUAUACGCAUUUUAACAAUAAAAACAAA